UUACCACAGCUUUUAAAAGUGUUUUUUUUAAUAAGGAUGGGCUGAUUUACCUCUCUUUGCAAGAUCGAGCUCGCAAAUUCUAAACUCAAUGAAUUUAAACUUUUAAUUAUUUCUAUUGACUCUGUUUCUUCUGUCGUUCUUAAAUUGCUGUCUAUUCGCUGCAACGCUCAUUUUCCAAUCGACCACAACUCUCAGACAUCUCAUAUCGCUUGCUGAAUAUUGCAGAAAUCCUCCACCUCGUCCGCGUGAACGUCCUCGCUGUUGAAUACCGUGGUUACGGAAAAUCGACCGGCACGCCUAGCGAGUCCGGACUGCAGCUAGACGCCCAAUCCGCCCUUCAGUGGCUCCUCCUUUACCCUCAUAUCAAUCAUUCUAAAAUCCUGCUAUUCGGGCGAUCCCUGGGCGGCGCCGUAGCAAUCUACCUUGCUUCACUCUUCUCCAAUUCCGUCCGCCUGCUUAUCGUCGAAAACACCUUCACUUCUAUCUCUGCAGUAGUACACCAACAGGUCCCUUUUCUGAAAUACGUCAAGUUCAUUUGCUUCAACCAGUGGAACUCUGAAGCACUCGUCAAAUCUAUCGAUCCAGACCUUCCCUGUCUAUUCCUGUCCGGGAAACGAGACAAACUCAUCUCAACCACCAUGAUGCGAGCCCUCUAUAAUAGCUACCGAUCAACACGUAAAUCUUGGAUAGAAUUCGAAAACGGAGAACACAUGAACACCUGGGAAAUGCCAGGAUAUUACGAACAGCUCUCUUCCUGGAUCGAAGCCAAUUGCCAAUAAAAAACAAAACCGCUUUUCUAACCUCUCACCCCUAUUCCUUACCCUUCUAUAUUUCGCACGCAUAAACCCAACAACCUUACUUCUGCACGUUUCGUGACUCUAGUCACGGUCCAUGUACACGUGUUACGUACAUCUGUCACAUCACAUGCGCUUCUCUUGCAAGUCGCGCAUACCUCUCUAAAUUCAUAACCUCCCCGUAAUGACUACAAAACACUUCAGCCGCCUCGAAGCGCCCAACUUCAGUCAACGCGCUCGACCGGUCGUCACUCGAACGGCCAAACGCCCACCUACCGUCAAAAAAACACUCUUUUUCUGACGCGUCUCGCUGUACGUUUUUUCCACAGCGUCACUCUGACCUCCUCCAAAUGCUCUGUCUGUCAACCUCAAUGCCUAUCGAACGCUCUCGAAUGUCCUAGACUCAUCAACAAAAAAACCGGGGAAUCGUCUCCCUUGACUCACCUUCCUUGGUCUGCACUUUUUUCGAUACUUCGCUAAAAACCACACGUCAGACGCACUCCAAAAACGCCUUCCAAAACGAAUUAGCGCGCAAUGCAUGCACCAGCCUAGACAGACGCGCUUCCGAGGUUCAGAUAUUCCCAUCAUUAAAUACGACCACAUCUAUGCCGCAUACAUACAUUCAUUUCGUCUCCCUAGCUCUUCGUUGCUGUCGACCACGUCUCUUUCCCCCUCCGAAAAAUGUCCCUAAGCCCUGCAAAACAUGUACGCCUCGUUCCCCCAGUGCAUCUUUUACUCGAGAAAUAACCGUAGUCGCCUGAUUCCUUGUGUCGCGCGCGUCUCCGAUCGGCAUCAGUCAGCUCCUUAAUUCGCAAGUCUCCAGCACCUAACAAUACUCACAAAUAACACCUACGCCUUCAAACCAUUCGACCACUAACCACCGCGCGCCACAACCCGCUCUAGGCAUGACAUACAGACACAAAACCAACACCCCGAGAGACCAACGUCACUCGACGCCGCGACUUGCACCAAAUCUGAACCUGCAAUACACACGCAGUAGGCUUGUACACAGCCGAGGGCGCCGCCGUCUCAAUCAAGCACCCAAAACUGCCGCAAACGAAGCAUUUCUUGAUAGAAUGACCAAAUCACGCAUUCUUGACCACCCCUCGAUGCGCACCUUAUAGCUCGCCAUAGAUACUACAGGCAUCGAUCCAAUGAGCGAAUCUGUACCCUCGAGAGGUCUCCAUACGCUAUCCGUCGUACUCAAGCAAAUUGCGAUUCGACGCCAGCCACCACGGGCAUGUUCCAUACGCCGCAAAUACCCUCUGCAGGAAAGAAGCACAUAGCGCAAAACGAUGCAGAAAAUCCUGCACGCCCCCACCGCCCCGACGCUGGCUCCGACACUCUCACCGCACCUUGUCGCAGACAUCAAUCACUCGAAGACCCCCCAAACGCCGCCGUCGAGGCAUUCCUCUACCUCCGCGCUCGCACCCGACGCGUCCAAAACCCAUUUAGUAAUUGACACAUCCCCCUCUGUACCGACCGCACGCGUUCGCGAACCUCGGCAUAGACAUCACGGAUACGCGCAGAAAAACGCUCCAAGAGCUGUCAAGCCAAUUUUACCGUUAUGACGCAAAACACGGCCAAUCUGCUGUACCAAAAAUAGAAUAUGUCAAAAACGACCGCCGCAAUCAACUUGUGCGCUUCAAUUGACAACACCCCCUUGGAUAGACGUUUCUGAUCGUUGUUUUGUACUUUUUCUUGAUUUCUGAUUGAAUCAGACUCACGGACGCGCGCAGGGCACGCGUUCUCGACGUAUUACCUUGUGGGUCCCUGACUGUUUCUCGCCGUGUGCUUUGAAAACCUCUCUUCUCGGAACCAGCAGGACGACAUCUUCUGUCCUACUUCGAGGGGCUCUCCGCAUUCUCGCCUCGACGCGCGCCGCUCGAAGGGUCGACGAACUUUGUUUCAGUCCCUGUUCUUUUAACGGAAUUUUCUUUUCAUCUCUCCGGCGGCCCGAGCGGCAAGGAAUAGGACCACCGUCGAGAUGAACGCUCAGAUCGGCUACAUUCUGAAAAAGGGGGAGUCAAUCCUUGAGAGCUGCGACCAAGUUAUUUUCAGAAAGAAACAAGGAGCCCUUCUGAUCUCUGACACGAGGCUUUUGUGGUUCAAAUUAGAUAGUUCCGCCUCUAUAGAUAUGUCGACCUUGCUGUCAUUGCCGAUGUCUAAGGUCAAAAGCGUGCAAAGCAGUCUACCGAACCAGAAGUUUACUCUUUUGAGGAUAGAGGUGCUGGGCGAGCCGGCCGCGAUAUCUCCUCCGCCGAAGAACACGUCUAUCGCCUCGGAGCCGUCCAACGAGUCCGUGAUCAUUUUUCGUUUUGUCGGUGCAUCAUGCGAGAAGGACCGCGAUGCAGUUAAGUCGUUGAUUGCCCGGUUGAUUUCUGACAGGUGGAAAAUUCGGGGGCCUUCUUUGGACGCGUCACCGCCUGCCACUUCAGAGUCUCCUGAAAAACCGGACCUGGAAGAUCAAGCCGGUUUGCCCUCCGGGAGGAGGGAAAGGUCAAUUUUGUCGUUAGAAAUCGAUCCUCGCUACAAGCACAUUUUAAAGCAACACGAUUACAUUUAUAUGUUGUAUGCUGAGUUCGUGGGACUUGGCAUAGUGUCUAGUGAAGAGUUCUGGCAGAUGAACGAGGACUGGGUGAAAUGGGAACAAGAGUGCUUAGAAGGCAAAGGCGUUGAGCCAGUUGAGAGGGAUCAGCCUCCAUCCCUGAGCGAUCAAGUUGUGGUGGCGGAAGAGGUUGCAUUACCAAAUUCGUUUGUUGAUAGGUUGAGAUCUUCUCUCCAAAAGGGUCGCCUUCGUCUGACAUUGACGCCUCUUCUGAUUCGGGAGAUCUUUUUCGAGUUUCCGUCGGUUGAAAAGGCAUAUCAGUCUAAAGUUCCGCUCGAAAUGUCGCACAUUGACUUUUGGAACCGUUUUUUUAGGUCUCAGGUCUCAAAGCUUCAGUGCAUGGAGCGAUUAGCGCCGCACCGUGGGGCUUCGAGACACCAGGAUGUGAAUGGCUCGCCGGGGGAGGGCAAGAGGGAAUAUGUGGUGGACGACGCGACGUUUUCGCUCUUUCCUGCGUCGAGCUCAGAAAGAGCAUCUGGAACUGCUCCGAGAGGGGUUCGGACGUGGAUCGACCCGAAACAGGUCGACGCGGAAUUUGCGAUGCUGACGAACUACGAGGGCACCCAGUCGUAUGUAGAGAAGAGGCUAACGAUGAAAAAUAAAGCAGCUGAGGCGAAUCGAAGCAACGGAGCGGGUCUUGAAGCGGCGAAGCGGUAUGAGCCUUCGGAUUUGGAGAGGCUUCAGACGGAGUUGGGCUUGAACCAAUCGGCUCAUCCAAAAAUUGAUAAGAGCGAGGAUGUAUUAAAUAAUCAAGUAGAGUUGGAUGAAGAAGAAGGGCCUAAUCCCGAGUUAGAGAUGACCAAAAAACGAUCUGUUUACCUUCAGCUGAUUCGAAAGUUCAAUCGGUACGGAGACUUGGUCGUCGCGAACAUCCAGGCAACCGAAGGAGGUGCAGAAAACGGAGAACCUGAUCGCUCGAAGCCGGAUGUCUCGGUUCGCACGACCGGAGAAGAGCACUCCAAGAAGUUCAGCUAUUUAGAUAAAUCUGUCGACAAAUGGAGGCAAAGCAAGUCGGUCCUCUGGGUCGAUUCCUGCACCGAAAUGGACACACCUACUCUUGGCGAGUCAGAAGUUGAUUGGAUCUCUGCUGAGAGCCGGUUGGUGGAGGACUGGAGGAAUUGGAACAUCCCUCAUGUCCUUGCUUCGAAUGCCCCUUCAUUGCCUCCGUCUGUACCCCCUGCACAUCCAGAAAUGCAGGAAGAUCCUUUCCGAAGUCGAGAUUUUAUAUUUCGCAUGGAAAGGUCGUCCAUUUGGAGGCGGUGUUUUUGGUCUCUUCUCUCUCUGUGGCUGUCUCGCCAGUCUCCUGACUUGGAAGAGAAAUUGAAGAAAAUCAGAGUCCAGCUGAGCCUGUGUCACCAGUCAGGACUACGCGUUCGGUCCGGUCUACCAGAGGCUUCGGCUCGAGAAUGGGAGAGGAUAUAUUUGCUGCCCAUAGAACGCGCCAUUUCAGUUUAUGAAAAAGUUUUUCAAUGAAAUUUUUUUUCUCGUCUGAGUUUACAUUCCGGAUUCUCCUCAGCGGACCUCUA